AUGUCCCAAGACUCUGUUAUCCCGUUGGAGUCAAAUCCCGAAAUCUUCACUCAGUUCGGCCGCAAGCUCGGUCUUUCGCCACUGCUUUCGUUUUUCGAUGUGUUCUCUCUCACAGAUCCGGACCUGGUGUCUUUUCUUCCAAGACCAGUCUACGCGUUGAUUCUCUUGUUUCCUUUGACGACACUGUAUGAAAGUCUCAAACUAAGCGAGGAAAAAGGCAGAGACCAAGAGAAAGACGAUAAAUUUGAGCAAAUCAUCUGGUUCAAACAGCUUCUCAGAAACGGUUGCGGUCUCUACGGGUUGCUCCAUGCCCUUUGCAAUUUGCCCGAAGGGCUUUUGGUGAAAGACUCGCCAAUCGAGGCGUUCAUCCAUAAAGUGAAACAUCUGCCGGAUGUUAACAACUCAAAUAACCACGGUGAGAAAAGCAAGCUCGUCAAAGAUCUCUCGCUCUCGCUGUACGAGACGUUUAGCAAACAGGGCCAGACAGAGGCACCCAGCUCAGAGGAGGAGGUCAACUUACAUUUUAUAUGCUUUACAAAAGGCACCGACGGUCACUUCUACGAGUUGGACGGCCGCAGAAACGGCCCCGUCGAUUUAGGACAAGCGGAGCCAGAAUCGGAUGCCAUUAGCUCGCAGCUAGUUCUGCAACGGGUGCAGCGGUACAUGUCCCUUGCAGACGAGGACAAUAGUAUGAACUUUGCAAUGAUCGCGCUUGGUCCAGAUCUUGGCUAGACCUGUCCCUUGAUAUCUAUUUUUCUAUUCUGGCUUUUGAGGCGCUCUACCGUCGGUCUGCACUUGAUGCAGUCCAGCAUUCCCUGAUCCACAAACUGGUCAAGUUCUGUUUGUGCAAGAUACUGGCUCAUCUCGGACUCAGAGAAAUUGAGCAGUUGCUGCACCACAGCAAUGGCCAAUUUGCGGUACGAUUUGCUGAUUGUCGCCAAUGAAUUGAUACGCACUUUAGAGAUAAUUGGCUGUAGCAGCUGCAAGAAAAAAAACCAGGCGGUGUGAUUUAGCUUUAGUGCGUUUUUGUCUGUUAGUACGUUUACAUGGGAGACGGGUUGCAGUGUUUUUAGCUCUUCCUGGUGUUUCUCCUGCAAAAGUUUGACUAUACGGAAAAAUUGGGUGUAGUCGUUGGCCAUUGUGUACUCCAAGAGUUUGUAUGCUGUGUCGAGGUAGUCGUCAAAUUCGAGGUUUGCGUCCAGGAGCUGAGACUUGAGGUCGAAUGCCUCGUUGAAAUUGUUUGUUAGGAUGUAGUAGAGAACACGGUACGAGUACAGUUCCGCUGAAGGGGUUCCCAGCUGGACGUAGAGAAGCUUGAGCUGGGACUGACAUUGGUUGAACUCUCCGAGAUCCUGGAACUGGAUCGCUAUUUUGCAGUGAAACUCGUAAACCUUUACCGUGAAUGCGUUUUUAAUAUGCUGCACAGUCAGGUCUUGUCUCAAGGAUUUGAACUGGUCACACAGGUAGUUGUAAGUAGCGUUCUGGAGAUAUUUAUCGAUCAGCAGCUGCAGUGUCUUUUUCAGAAUUGGAAGUGGUCUGACGGUCGCUGGAUUGGGCUGUGACGUUAGUCUUAGAUACCGUUUUUCCAGUUCCUUGCAUGUUCCUACAAGCGGAGUGUUCGGGUUAGUGUGCACUGGAGUGGGACUAUGGUCUGGAGGCGGAGUGCUGAGUUCUUUUUCGAAUCGCUGGCUUCGAAGCUCUUUGCGCUGCUGCGAAGUCAAUGCAUUUUCGUUGUUUUUUUGAGUCUUCUUCAUUUUCUUGAGAGGAGGAAGUACAGACUGACUAGGUUGGACAUCCGACUCAUCGAAAACAUUUUUGUUCUUGAUCGUUUGUUUUACUGAACCCUGAACUGGCUCCUUAUAUACUUUUUGUUUCCGCGCCUGCUCCACCUGGUUGCAAUAAAGAUCCAGUUUUUGGGAGCCCCCUAGAGAAGGCAAUGUUUGGCUUUCCCACGGAUUUGUCUCGAUCUUCCCCUGAUCUAUGGCCAUGUUGAUUAGUUCUUUGAGUUCGGCCUGAAACUGUUUCUUCUUGUCGGGAGUGAACUUCAGUUCCGACGCUUUUUUGAAAGACGAAGAUAUAAACCCAUGUAGCGCUUUGGGCCAUGUGGCAGGAUCUUUGUAAUUCUUCCUGAGCGUGGUGCGUGGGGUCACCUCAUUGUAUGGCAUACUUACAGCUUCAGGAUUUUU